UUACAGUACAGAUGUAUUAUAGAAAAAUGACAGACAGUAGGGAGUGAGAGACAGAGAGAGAGAGAGAGAGAGAGUGAAUGAAGGAUGGAGGCACCUGUGCUCUUAAACAUCUGAGUCAAAGCAGCAGACCUCUGAGGAUAGACCCAGCUAUAAGAAGUGCAACAAAGUCACCAGAUCUCCUCCAGCACUGGAUUACCAACACAGUUUCUUAUAAGUGCUACUACUUCCUUACAAAUGCUACCAUUUAAACAAAAAAGAAGCUGAUUAUUUGGAAACUGGAACAAAAAUCUUUCUAAAAAAAAGAUGCUAAAAAUCCUUUUAGCAACUGGCCUUCCAUUCACACUGUAAUGAAUGUACUGUUUACCAUUCAGAGACAUUAAAAAGCAUGAGUUUGUAUCCUAGACCUACUUUGGGACGUCAGUUUUCUGAACCAGACGGCAUAACAUCAGAUACACAGUUAUCCAAUGAAACGACAGCACAGGGGCAAAGUCAGUUAUCUGUUGGGUCUGCAGCCGCUAGAUUCCAAAUCCGCUCCGCUAACACACUUCACUACAGACCCAUAAGACACAUUAAGGAAGACAAAAGUCAGGAGGAAGGUGCCAAGAGCACUGAAGAUGUGAAGAAAUUUUAUGACUCAAACAAAAGCAAAAGCUUAGACUGGAGAGGGGCAGGUGCAAGAAGAGGACAUGGAAAUGCAACUUGGACGUCUAGUGGGACCCGAGACUCCGGACAGAACUUUGUUAGGCGUACUGAAAGUUUAGGCAAAAAGGAGGACAACAACAACAUAACUUCGGACAAAGAAGCUAAUCUACCUAAUUCGAUGUCAUGGAGGAGUCACAAUUACAAUGUAACCGAACAAGGGGACAGAAAGGUUUACCUAAACUCUGUCCCUACGCCUGUGGGAACGAAUCGUAUCAUGCUUAAUAUGGAACAGACAGGCAGUGGCCAGUCACUCCCCACUAGGAUGAAACCAAGACUUAGCCAAGGUAGUAUAGGAGAAGCUAGCAAUCUCUGGGCACAGCUGCCACACAAUGAAACAAGUCCCGAUCAGACUGACAACAAAAUAGGAGUCUGGGCUAGAGAUCAAGGACAUAGCAAUACCCAGGAAGUAACUGGAAAUCAAACAAUUUUGGAAAGAAUUGAGAAACUCUUAGGGUCAAGUUCUUUGCACAGUAAGCCUGAUGCAAACUCAAAUGAUCUGGUCAUUGAUAAACGCAGCCCUACUCAUGAUUCUAGUCAUCUGAACUCUGACACCAUAAAUUCCCAUUUCCGUCAAAGAAAAUCAAACCCUAACUCCCCCUCUGGACCUCUGUCUCCCACUGACAACCAACAAUUGAGACCUUCAUACACUGUAGAAAAAUCUGGAACAUUCCCAAGAUGGUUCUCUAAAAGCGAACAAACACCCUACAGUAAGAUUCAAGAGCCAUCUAGGCCAGAGACCGUAAAUGACCAAAAGGACGAUUCUUCUGGCGUAUUCUUCUCUAAGCCUAAAUGGGGAAUGGAAAAAUCUUCUGGUAAAAUCAUUCAAUCACUGCUCUCUAAAAGCGAACAAACACCCUACAAUAAGAUGCAAGAGCCAUCUACGCCAGAGAUCAGAAAUGACCAAAAGGACGAUUCUUCUGGUGUAUUCUUCUCGAAGCCUAAAAGGGAUAUUGAAAAAUCUCCUGGUAAAAGCAUUCAAUCAUUUCCACCUGCAGCCAGUGAGGAGCCAAGUAAAAUAAGCUCUCUCGAUUUCAAAAGUCAGUCCAUAGAAAAAAACAGGAGUAAAGUUUUUGAAACUGCUCAACCCAGCGGUCAAAGAACAACUGCUCAGAUGAUAUUACAGUCCACGUCUUCAGAUGGUAUCUCCAAUCAAAGUGUCAAACAAAUCGCAACCCCUUCAGCAGGUUUCAAGAAAGAAAUUGAAAAAGAACCAACCCAACCCAAGCAUCCAUUAGCCUCAAGAGGAGCACCCCACGAUGAAAUACAUCAAGAGGAUUCUUCUGCAGUAAAGACUGAAGAAAAGAGAGGAGAUGAAGAAACCAUCUCCAGUCCAACUUUAGACUCUGUGAAGAAUACGAUACAUAAGUUUGAAGCCUUGGCUCAACAAAGUCAAAACGCACCACAAAUUAUACGUCCUAGAAGAGCCUUAUCAGUACCAGAGCAGCCCAAACCUGUGGUUCAUGUGAGGAAGAGUGAUUCAGAUAUGAAUCUAAAUUUUAGAAGGAUGAUGGGAAACUCGGAGAGCAUAAAAGCAAAUCCCAUUGAGGAGCCAGAAGGCAAUGUAGAACUAAACAGAACCCAUCAGUCAAAUCUCACCGUCAAAGUACAACCCACGUCCCAACAAAGAUUGACAUACAAAACGAGUAUUGACCUUAUUCCAACGUUCAGUCAGCUACAUGAACCAAAGUCUGAUCAGCAUAUCACCACAUGGGAUAAAAGGUGGACUGUUCGCAACAGACACAUAGACGAACCAGAUCUUACCAUCACUCCUGGCACAGGUCUGCAGAGGUCUAACACAGAUUCUCAACUGUCAAAUGUCAACCGUUUAAUAAAGCAACAAAGUAUUCAUGUAAAUAUGGAUGACAAUAAUGACGAAUGUGAUGAUGAUACACCAACUAACUCUCCAGAUAGAGACCCUCUCACAGUGAACAUGCAGAGGCAAAACAGCACCUUAAAACCUCAAACUUCAGCACGGACCUUAGAACGUACAGAUGUUGGUGCUUCCAUCUCAGUUAAGUCUGCAGACAAUAGCACUUAUCCUAAAGUGGUCAAUCCUUCUCAAAGUUCUGCUUCUACUGUUCCUGCCCCGGCAAUCUAUUCCUCAUUUAAUCAUUCUAAUAAUAACAACUAUAAAAAAGCAUUGGAGGAUGUGGGCCCAACUGUCACUAGCAUGGCUAGGUGGAGCUCCGAUGAGGAAGAUUAUGAUGAUGAGGAGGACUACGGGGGAACAGAUUCAGAAGAUUCUGACUCGGGAGAAUCGUCUGUGACCAUAACAAGCAACAUGAGCCAAUCAGAUCGCAGAAGCUUUUCUUUAAGUCUACAGGAGCUUUGCAUUUUUGGUGGGGUGGACUAUAAACCAUCAGAUGAUGAGGACUGGGCGCCCUCACGCUCUGCCUCUCUCAGCUCAGACAUCUCAGCCUUCUCUUCUGUGACCCUUCUGAGCAACAAUGAACUGGAUCGCUUAAUGGAUGACGUUAAAAACUUAGGAGAUGAAACCUUGCAGAAGUAUGAAGAUGUGCAGGUGGUUGUAUUGCACAAGGAGGUGGGGAGUGGCUUAGGAUUUACCUUGGCAGGUGGAGUGGAUCAAAAUAAACCAGUCACGGUCCACAGAGUGAUUCCUGGCGGUGUGGCAGCACAGGAAGGCUCUGUCUUUGAAGGUGCCUGGGUGCUGUCGAUCAACGGCACGCCCCUGCAGAAAUCUGCUCAUUGGGAGGCUCUGAGGACACUGAGGAGGGCGAGGAGUCAGACCAUGGCAGUGGUGGUUCUCCAGAACGUCUACCAAAAUGAGACCAUUCACACACCAGUAAACACAGGCAGAAGAGUUCAUGUCAUUCUGAACAAGUCCAGCUAUGAUCUUGGCUUUAGUCUGGAAGGAGGGUUGGACUCCAGCUUAGGGGACAAACCCCUCACUGUACAAAAAAUCUUCCAGGGUGGACCAGUGAGUCAAGUGUUUCCUGGGGAUGAGUUGUUGGAAGUGCAAGGUCAAAGUUUGACAGGCAUGAGACGGAUUGAAGCAUGGAACCUAAUAAGAAGACUGCCACCUGGACCUGUGGAGGUCUUAUUACACCGUCCUCACCAACCACAUUGAGGAACUUAUUUUUCCUCCUCGCUUUUCAAUUGCACUUUCUGAUUCAGUCAUUAGUUAAACACUGGUAUAUUUUCAUACAAGGACUUUUGCUGUAACAGAAGCUUUUUUAAUGCAAUUUGACUGUUCGGCAUUGAGGAAGUAGUGUUGUAAAGAACCAUGAAUUUACACUGCCUAAAUUGAAUGAGAAACAACAGACACUGAAGGCCAGUUUCUUCUAAAUAUUACUGUAUUACUUGUUUAUACACUCAAAUUAUGCAGCUAUUGGUAAUAUUUUACAAGCAGUCUGUAUCAGAGGUCAUAUAUUGUUUUGCUACGAAGUGUGUAUAUGUGAAUAUGUUGUAUGUACAGCACAGAUCCGUCCUCAGCUAUUAUUUUUUUAAAUAUUAAAGCAAAGUUAGCAACUA